GAAAGGGCAAGACGGGGGGAGUAGAUCCUAGGAGGCAAUCUGAGAAAGGGAAGGGGAUCUCUUGGAGGCUGCUGGGAUAAGGUUGCACUGGUGUGUGGGGUCCAUCUUCAGAGAAAAUGGCUGUUUUGUCAGUGUAAACAGCCUGAGCAGUACCUGCAUUGCUAAAGGGGGGAGCAAAAGAAGAAGAAGAGGAGGAGGAGGGGCAGCAGCCGCUGGAGGAAAUGCUGCCUCUUCCAAUGAAAUUUUCCCUUCUGUAGCCAGCCCCGGCCUGCCGCAGCUCACCUCUGAAGUCAUGCAUGUUGUAUGUUAAGGUUUUAUUCCCCAGAUCAUAUGGCUAAAGCAUCAUCAAUGCCUCAGCAGACCUCAAACCAGAGGGAAGACACCUCUGUCGACCAUGAGACACACUAGACUGUGAGCGCCACAACAACAUCCACGCAGAGAUUGAAAAUACAUCCUUCAGUUGAAACGCCCGACCAUGGCUGUAACUGCGGCUAAGACAACAACAAGUUUUCUCCCCACAACCACCGCGAUCCCCUUCCUCUCGACGGGCUCGAGCGCCAGAGACAAUGUCACCUCCAGAGCAACAUUAAUGACUGUUACUAUAACAACAAACGAGACCAGUUUCAACGCCACCACGUUCCCGGAGGCAGUGAUCGAGAGCUCGGGGAUGGGAAUGGUGCUCGUUCCCUUUGGCAUCAUCACUGUCAUUGGCUUAGCAGUGGCAAUUAUGCUGUACAUUCGGAAACGAAAGCGGUUGGAGAAGCUGAGGCACCAGCUCAUGCCCAUGUACAACUUUGACCCGGCUGAAGAACAAGAUGACCUGCUGGAACAGGAACUACUGGACCACGGCCGGGAAGGCAGCCUCACAGGUCCCAAUGCCAAGACUCUCACCACCUCCCAGGGGACCACGCAGAGGCCCAGUCGUCUGGUCUUCACAGAUGUAGCCAAAGCUCUCAACGCUUAACAGCUCUCUUCCAUUAGUUGACUUCGGUCGGCGGGGGCCACCGGCCUCAUCGGAAUACAGACUGUCGCUCAGGAAGGAAAAAAAAAGGGACAACUGGACUGUUUUUUGGAACAACUGGAGCUUUGGUUUUCAUCACUAAAACACGGUCCAUGGAAUGGCAGCGGUUUUCAGAUUCUGAAAAAAAAAGUGUAGGGUGCAUGUAUGAUAAGGGAGCGUUAUGGGAAGCAUCACGUAUGAACUUGCACUGUUAUCAUUUGGCACACCAACGCAGUGUGAUGCACUUUUCUUGAAUCAUAUUGUGUCAUUGCUGUUAAAAUGUUUGGUAGCUUGUCAGUGAAGUUCUUCUGAGCUUCAGUAUCUACUUCCAUGUCUGAUAAGAGAGACGUGUAAAUUUGUGUUCUCUCCUGAUUUUGUGGUGUUACAUCUCUGACGAGCUUGAACACUGGAUGUGUUACCAUCCUUUAGUGAACUGUCCACCUCUACGUUGUUUCUUCUUUAAUGACCAAUGAAGGAUUGUUUCCGUCUGUAUACAUUAAAACUAUUUAAACCGAAAAGAAAGGGUGCUUUGUUGCACAAAUGUAUGACAAACGAGAGCUGAUAGGUGUGAUAUUUUAUUGAUAAGCGAU